GGCUUUCAGUAAAAUUAUAACGUACUAUAAAAGCAAAACCCAAUAUCAUACGUAUCAAACAAGCUUGUUCCUCGUAACAAAAUAUUCGUAGCCGUCAAAACUCCUUUUAAAAUUUGAUUUGUGAAAAUUUCAAAUUUUACAUUACAAACAAAAUGCAAUUCUUUUCCAUUUCGACAUGCCUGUGUAUCAUAGGCCUUUGCAUUUCCCUUUCCACUCAAAUGACACCAACCUGCCGCGGAAUGGCCAUACAUAUGACCCCAGAAGAGAUGGACGGAUUGAUGACCUGCAUGAGCGAAAUGGCACCUGACGUGACCGUGCAAGAAGAUGCCGCAAAAAUGGGUGCAGCAGUUCCGAAGAACGAAAUGGCUUGUCUCGGGAAGUGCAUAAUGUCCAAGGAAGGGCUGCUUGAUGAUAAAGGAAUGCCGUCCAAAGAUUUAAUGAUGGCGAAAAUCAACGCCUCCAUGCCAGACUCAGUUAUUGUUGAGAUGGACACUGCUGCAGCGAAGUGUGUCGAUAAUCAUGGAAAGAUCGUGAAUCCAAACGAUGCCACGUGCCAGAGUUACCAUGAACUGACCCAGUGCAUGACGAUUGCUCUUAUUGAGUUGUGCAAAAAACCGUGACGCUGUGCAGCAUCACUGUAGAGAUACAAAUGUUGACAAACCAAAAGUCCUCUGAAAUGCAUAUGGUCGGAUUUCAACGUAAUUUAAAACUUGCAAAAUUAUUGAUCUUUUAUUAUGGAUUUGGCAAAUAAAUAAAUGCAAAAUAAAAUGUAA